AUGGAGGUAGGUGUUCUUUCAUCUAGUCAUUUGGUGCAGAAAAGCAAGCAUUCCAAAACAACAAGAGAAAAGAAUAAAACUGCAAGUGCCAUUCACUUGGAGCUCUCCAAAACGCAGAAGGAUGAUCUUCUUGAAGCCUUUAAUAUGCUGGAUGCGGAGGGAACUGGGUUGAUCGGAAUACGGGAAAUUAGUGUCGCUCUGAGAGCACUUGGAUUCGAUCCAUCAGCAUCAGAGUUACGUCAGAUGAUGUUACUUUAUGACAAAGAGAAUAAAGGUGUGCUUGAGUUCAAAAGUUUCCUUGAGCUAAUGACAAAGAAGAUGACCGAGAGAGAUCCCAACGAGGACUUGGUCAAAGCAUUUAGAAUCAUGGACAAGGACAACACUGGUACUAUAAACUUUGACGAUUUGAAACGAGCAGCAAAACUUCUUGGGGAAGAUAUGAAUGAUGAAGAAAUCCAGGUAAAUCGUGUUUAUCCUGAACCCGUCGUGCCACCAAAAAGUGGAUUUCGAUAA